AUGGGUAAUUCGAUGAAGCAGAUCUCUUGGGGAAACAAAUCAGCGGAGGCCAAUCAGAAUAAGUCUCCAGUGGAGCUACGCCCGCGACAACAAUAUACGGAUGCCGAACUUGACGACAUGAGGAGAAAAAAAAUCUGUUUCAAGUGUCGCGGACCCAUCUUCCGCGGUCAUCCGUGUUUGAAGCGCGAACUACAAGUUCUUACUGUUGUCAGUGGAUUCACGAUGGAGGUAUUGGAUCAGGAAUUGGAUGAUAAAGACGAUGAAGAGAAUGAGCUGAUUGGGGAGUUGAGGGAAUUAUCUCUAAACUCUUUUCUGGGUCUUUCUUCGUGUACUACUACAAAAGUGAGAGGAACUGUUGGGAAGUAUUCUGUGGUGAUAAUGAUGGACAGCGGUGCUACUCAUAACUUUAUAGCCCCAUCAUUGGUUUCAAAGCUUAAACUCAAAACCGCAAAAGACAAGAGUUUAGAGGUGUUAUUGGGAACUGGCGUUUCUGUCAAUGGCUCGGGCAUUUGCAAAAACGUGGAGUUUGGCAUUCAGGCAUUGACUUUCACUACAGACUUCAUCGAAUUGGAGUUAGGUAAUGUGGAUAUUAUUUUGGGUAUUCAGUGGCUCAGCACACUUGGGAAAUGUAUGGUGGAUUGGGAAGCUCACGAACUAUCUUUUCGUUAUCAUGGGAAUUGGAUUACACUUCAUGGAGACCCGAUGCUGCAUCAACGAAAAAUCUCUUUCAAAACAAUGCAACCUGCUCUUACUAUCCUUCAUAAAGGUACGGAUAUUGUUUUUGAUAAGGUGAUCCUGACUAGCCAACAGCUUCUCGCCAUACCUCACGAGAUUGAACUGCAGUUGGAAAAGUAUCAAGAAUUGUUCAAUGAACCACAAGGCUUACCUCCGAUCAGAGGUCGUGAGCAUGCAAUUAAUCUUCUUCCAGGAAGUGGUCCAAUUAGUGUCAGACCUUAUAGAUAUCCACAUGCUCAAAAAGAAGAGAUGGAGAAACAAGUAGCAAAGAUGUUGGAAGCGAAGAUCAUACGGCCGAGUCAUAGUCCUUUUUCCAGUCUAGUUUUGCUAGUGAAGAAGAAAGAUAAGAGUUGGCGUUUUUGUGUGGAUUACAGGGCCUUAAACAGAGCCACUAUUGCUGAUAAAUUCCCAAUCCCUAUGAUUGAUCAGCUAUUGGAUGAAUUAAAAGGAGCAAAAAAAUUCUCAAAACUGGAUUUGCGCUCUGGGUAUCACCAAAUCCGAAUGCAGGAGCAAGACGUCGAGAAGACUGCGUUUCGUACUCACGAUGGACACUAUGAGUUUCUUGUGAUGCCCUUUGGCUUGACGAAUGCACCGGCAACCUCAUCUUUACAAGAGCACUUGUUCCAUCUUCAACAGGUCCUUGAUGUGUUUAUUCAACAUGGGUUGUUUGCUAACAGGAAGAAGUGUCUUUUCGGUCAAGCUCAAGUUGAAUAUUUGGGACAUGUCAUGUCUAAUGAAGGUGUUUCUACUGAUCCGACUCGCCCUUUGACGGAGCUGCUGAAGAAGGAUCAAUUCGACUGGACAGCACAAGCACAAUCUGCCUUUGAAGCACUGAAAACGGCAAUGGUGUCAGCCCCAGUUCUAACAUUACCAGAUUUUAAUGAGCUCUUCGUGGUGGAGUCUGAUGCGUCGGGCUUUGGCAUUGGUGCUGUUUUGAUGCAAAACAUGAAACCCAUUGCAUAUUUUAGCAGAGGAUUGAGCUUACGAGAGCAGUUGAAAUCCAUUUAUGAGAGAGAAUUAAUGGCUAUUGUUAUGGCAAUUCUUAAAUGGAAGCAUUAUUUGAUAGGCAGAAGAUUUGUACUGGAACAGAGAGAAGUUACCAUGGAUUAUCAGAGAUGGCUAUCUAAGCUACUAGGUUAUGAGUUUGAAAUUGUCUACAAACCUGGUUUAGAAAAUUCUGCAGCAGAUGGUUUAUCCCGCCAACUCACUACUUCAGCGACAGUUUUGGCACAGUUGUUUGCUUUGACAGUUCCUACCUCUCUGCAAAUUCAAGAUAUUUUUGACGAAAUUGAAGCAGAUAAACAACUACAAGAACUUAAGAACCAGGUUCUUGCACAUAGUCAUAGUAACCAUCACUUUACGGUGGUAGACAACAAACUGCUUUACAAGGGAAGAUUGGUGAUUUCUAAGCUCUCAAAGCACAUACCUGCGAUUUUGCAAGAAUGUCACUCUGGUUUAUUAGGUGGACAUUCAGGCUUGCUGAAGACUUUUAAGCGCAUUCAAGGCUCUUUUCAUUGGUUUAACAUGAAGAAAGAUGUGCAGAAAUUUGUUUCAGAGUGCUCUAUUUGUCAGACACACAAAUAUUCAACUCUUUCUCCUGCAGGGUUGCUGCAACCGUUUCCUAUUCCUGACAGAAUUUGGGAAGACAUCUCUAUGGAUUUUAUUGAAGGCCUUCCUACGUCACAAGGGUUCAAUGUGAUCUUGGUUGUAGUGGACAGAUUAAGUAAGUUUGCACACUUUGUUGGAUUGAAGCACCCUUUUACUGCAGCAGAUGUGGCUCAUAACUUUGUCAAAGAAAUUGUUCGACUACAUGGGUUUCCCGCGUCCAUUGUCUCGGAUAGAGACAAGAUCUUCUUAAGCAGUUUUUGGUGUGAGUGCUUUCGUCUCUCUGGAACCAAGCUGAAGUAUAGCACCUGCAUAUCACCCUCAAACUGA